GCCAUCGAUAGCGUACCCAGUUGCUCCAUUCGGGAGUCACCCAUCCCUAUUUGCACCGCAGUCACACAUACGGGCCAAAUAGCUUCCCUUCCGUUUUUGUUAUUUACUCCGGAUUCGUUAAAUCUUGGUGUUUAUGGUUUAAAGCUACAGGUGCCCUCCUGAAUUCGAGGUGUGCGGGAGAGGGAUGGGUUCUAUCUCUCUCGGCGGGAGCGAAAAAACCCCAACUGUUCCGCCUUGAGACAGCUUCUCAUGCUCCGGAGGCGAUUGGGCCUCCUGCUGGCCCGGCCCGGCUCCGAAUCAAAGCUUAGCUAUAUGACGACCUUCUCCUGCUCCGGAUCUCUUUUGUGCGGUGUUUCUGGCACAGAUGUUGGGCGGGCCGCCCUUGUAUUGCUCCUGCCAAAUUCCGUGCUCAGUCUGGCAACAGAGCUCGCCAUGGCGCGAGAAGACGCUGGGUCACUGCCCAUCCUGAAGCUACUCUUGGUCGGAGACAGUGGAGUAGGAAAAUCCAGCCUUCUGCUGAGAUUCACUGAGGAUCAGUUUGAGCCCUACUUGAACCCAACCAUUGGUGUUGAUUUCAAAGUGAAGAAGAUGGUGAUUGGCGACUUUCCCCUGCAACUCGCAAUAUGGGACACAGCAGGCCAGGAGCGAUUCCGGACUUUGACCCCUAGUUAUUACCGAGGUGCUCAAGGUAUAAUUUUAGUUUAUGACGUCACUAAGAGGGAAACCUUUGAGGGACUGGAAUGCUGGCUGCAAGAGUUGGAUGUUUUCACGAAGAAAAGCGUCGUGAAGAUGCUGGUGGGCAACAAAAUUGACGAGACGGAUCGCGAGGUAGACAGAAAGGAAGGCUUACAAUUUGCUCAGAAACACUCCAUGCUCUUCAUAGAGACCAGUGCUAAAAUGAAGGAUGGCGUGGAAACGGCCUUUGAGGAAGUCGUGAUAAAGAUCCUGCAAACACCAGAACUUUGGAACAUCAGAAGCGAAGGCAUUGUGCUGGCACCUGAGAGCAGAGCCCCUAUUGCAGCCGAUGGCUGCAGCGGGCAUUGUUCUGUUGCUUAAAACCCGCCGCCUACAAAUAAAAUAGCUCAGGUCAAACAUACUUAAGAAAUGGACUCCUACCUGCUACCACAAGGAAAUGGGCCCUGUUAGGAUAUAAGGAGAAAUUCUGGGGCCACCACCGCUGGGUUGGGUUUUCUCUUGAUGAGAGUGUGACGGAGGCUUACGGUGGGUAUGCAAUAUCUGGGGUACAGGUAGGAUUUGGGGAACAGGUACCUCAAGCAAGCAAGCAGCGGCUAAUACAAAGGGGACCCCACAUGCAAAGGCGCUCUCGCCUGUUUGUGUCUCUUGCAAGCACCGCAGGCCUCUGCUGCUACUUCCUGCCAGCUCUAAAACGGGCUCCGCCUUUUCCAAGCGGUGAUGGAAACCUCCUUUGAAACGACAGAGAAAUUCAAAAGUGCAGAGAACUCCCCACCCACCUACCCAGUGACCAUCUCCUAACCUCAUUAGCUCGUUAUAGUAUACCAUCUCCUAACCUCAUUAGCUCGUUAUAGUAUACCCCACCCCCAUCGUUCAGCCCAGACACUGAAGUCCAGCUCCGAGGGCCUUUUGGUGGUUCCCUCCCUGCGAGACAUGAGGUUACAGGGAACCAGGCAGAAGGCCUUCUCGGUGGUGGCGCCCAUCCUGUGGAACGACCUCCCAUCAGUUGUCAAGGAAAUAAACAGCUUUCUGACUUUUAGAAGACAUCUGAAGGCAGCCCUGUUUAGGGAAGCUUUUAAUGUUUGAUUGUUUUUAUCGUAAAAGUUUUUAAUAUUCUGUUGGGAGCCGCCCAGAGUGGCUGGAGAAACCCAGCCAGAUGGGUGGGGGGUAUAAAUAAUAAAUUGUUGUUGUUGUUGUUGUUAUUGCUAUUAAUCAACAGCAAUUCUGGGCUUUUGGCAGACAGUCUGGGGACAAAGGAAAAUGCAUUAUACCACUGCUGGAUUUAGGGCGGUGCGGGUGGUUUCCCUGCAAAGGGCGCCGAGCCAAGGGGGCGCAGAAUAAUAAUAAAUAGGAAAGGAAUUGUUGGGGAAAUAAUAAAUAUUGGGGGGGGGUUUAGGGUGCCAAAUUUUGUCCUCGCUGAAGGCGCCAUAUUACCAGAGUCCGCCCCUGAUUACACAGAGUGAGAUCCUUUGUCUGCCUGGUUGAGUGGUGUCCGCAUUGAGAGGCUGUAGGCCAGGCUUCCUCAAACUCAACCCUCCAGAUGUUUUUGGCCUACAACUCCCAUGAUCCCUAGCUAGCAGGGCCAGUGGUCAGCGAUGAUGGGAAAACUUGUAGCCUCAAAACAUCUGGAGGGCCGAGCUGGAGGAAGCCUGCUGUAGGCUAUCCAGGGUUUCUGAUAUCAAGGAUUGAACCCGGAACAUUCUGCGUGCAAUGCAUGUGCUCCAGCGAUGCCGUAUGGCCUGCCGAAAUCUUGCUAAGAAAAAGAAUGCUCACUCGGAAGUAACAAUGCCAUCAUUGUUCCAGGUUUGCAAAAUGGAGGCAUACAGAUAGAGAACUCUGGGCUCAAAGCCUGGGAUGUUUACCACCUAUUCAGGAGCUUCUGUAAAAGCCUUUUUGCUCCAAAGGUUGGUGGGUUGGAGGGCUAGUUGCUCUGUUUAUUACUGUCCCCCCCCCGUUUUUUCCUGUGUUGUGGGUUGAUUUUAUUGUAUCUGAUUGUUUUAUGUAUCUUUUAAUCCCCCUUCCUCCCCGCCUUCCGUUGUUAGCAGCCUUGGAUGUUCUGUUUUGAACAGGAAAUUAGGGGUAUAAGGUAUUAAUAAUAAUAAUAAAGCAAACAAAAGUCAUUUAUUGCUAAGAUUCAUAUGCCAUGCUUCAGAGUCAAUUGGCAUUUCCAGGCUGGCUAGCAAAAGAAUGAAACUCACAGCAACAGCAUGACAUCAAACUCCAAUCAAGAAGAAGAAUAGAACCAUAGAAUUGUAGGGUUGGAAGGGGUCACGAAAGUCUUCUAAACCAACCCCCUGCAAAGCAAGAAUCUUUUUGUCCAACGUGGGGCUCUAAAACUCACAACCCCGAGAUUAAGAGUCUCAUGCUCUACCGAUGGAGCUAUCCAGGUGUUAUUAUAUCCAGUGCUAUUUUUCUAUAAAAAGAGGUGCCAGAACUUGCCACGAUUGCCUCCCUUGUUCUCAUAUCAUGGCAAUGGCACCCACCUGAGAGGUGCUGGAACUGAGUUCUGAUGAGUUCUGGCGGGGGGGGGGAGCCCUGAUUCUAGCUUAUAAUAUCCCGUUACUGGUUAUAACUCCUAUUCUCCACUAGGAAAGGGCAUAUCCCUGGCAGAAUAUAACAUGCGGGCACGAACCUUUCAACUGCUGGGACUCAAGAGCUGGGGGUAGAGGAGAAACUGUCUUUGACAUAUUUCCUCUGCGAGGUUUGCUCCAGGGCUAGAGGAAGGGGGCUCAGCCACUGUGCCUCAGAUGGUUGAAUAGGAACUGAGCUCGGAUGAAGCAUGUCUUUUGUACCCCACUGAACUCCAGGAAGAGGCACGACAGCUGGUUCUGCUAAACACACACACAUUCACCUUUUAUCUCUGUUAGUUGCUGGUGGAAGAGCUCUUGAGUCAACACCUCUCCAAGCUUUGCUAACCUAGCUCUGGAUUUUGUUGGACAGUUCCUCCUCUGCUCCAGGCCUCCUGGCAAAGCCCUGGUUGCCACCAGCCGCUAGCUCUGUUGGACAGCUCCCAGCUGCUCCUACUCCAGCCACCAGUGUCGAAGCAAUGGUUCCUCAACAUCAACUUCAUUGGACUGGUCGGGUUGUGCGGAUGCCUGAUUAUCGUCUUCCAAAGCAACUACAGUGGUACCUCGGUUUAAGUACACAAUUGGUUCCGGAAGUCUGAAACGUACUUAACCUGAAGCGAACUUUCCCAUGGAAAGUAAUGGGAAAUGGAUUAAUCCGUUCCAGACAGUCCAUGGAGCACUUAACCUGAAGCGAACUUUCCCAUUGAAAGUGGAUUAAUCCAUUCCAGACGGGUCCACUGAUUACUCAACGUGAAGCGUACUUAAUCCGAGGUAUGAGUGUAAUUGGUUCUGGAAGUCCGUACUUAACCUGAAGCGUACUUAACCUGAAGCGAACUUCCCCAUUGAAAGUAAUGGAAAGUGGAUUAAUCUGUUCCAGACGGGUCCGCGGAGUACUUAAACUGAAAGUACUCAAACCAAAGUGUACUUAAACCGAGGUAUGACUGUACUCUAUUCCAGACUUAAAAAUGGAAAGUGUAAUGCGGGUGGUCAACAAAAGAGGUUUAAAGACAGGGCAAAUAUUAAGAUAAGUAGUAGAAACACUGACAACUGGGAAACACUGGCCUGCAAGCCCUCCAGUUGGAGAACAGCCUUUACCAAAGGUGUCAUGGGCUUUGAACAUGCUCGAACUCAGGACGAAAGGGAGGAACAUGGUAAAGAGGAAGGCUGUGGUCUAAACCACUGACCUUGUCGAUCAGAAGGUCAGCGAUUCGAAUCCCUACAGCAGGAUGAGCUCCCAUUGCUCUGUCCCAGCUCCUGCCAACAUAGCAGUUGGAAAGCAUGCCAGUGCAAGGAGAUAAACAGGUACUGCUGUGGCGGGAAGAUAAACGAUGUUCCAUUGCGCCAGAAGCAGUUUCGUCAUGCUGGCCACAUGACCCGGAAAGCUGUCUGUGGACAAACGCCGGCUCCCUCGGCCUGAAAGCGAGAUGAGCGGCGCAACCCCAUAGUCACUUUUGACUGGACUUAACUGUCCAGGGGUCCUUUACAUUUUACCUUUACCUUACAUGCAAAUAUGUGUAACUGAGCCCCAGUGCCAUAUUUUAUAUGAAAAGCAGCUACAGAAUAUGAAUAAAAUCAUGCUUGGUACAAAUAGUUGGUUUCUUUUGUUAUUGCUCAUUUCAACGUGUUUUUAGUGAACACUGCCUGUUGACUGUUCUGACACUUGAUUGAUUUUUAUCUGCUCUUUUUUUCUCUUGCUGUUAUUUAUUUAUUUCACUGUUUUUUUAAAAGCGGGGGGCAGGUUGCACGGACAAAAGUUCUCCAACUUUGUGACAAUGUAUCUUCAUUAUUAUUGUUGUUGUUAAUCGCUUCAAGUGUUAUAUGCAGAAAAAUGGGCUAUAACUUGAAAAAAAAUAAAACAAUCGAACCAAGUGAGGAGAAAAAAACCGUAAUUCAGUUGUCCCUAAAGCUGGCUGAAGGCAAAAUAAAUUAUUUUCUUAGCACAGAAUUAACGUGGGGAACCCACGACCACGCAAUACUCUGACAGGCAGUAUUAUAAAUAUCUCCAGAACAUGUUCAGAGACAAUUGUUUUUAUACUCUAAACACAUUUUCCCCAGUCCAUGUUUAUUAUUCCAUUUUUCUGCCAAAACAAUCUAUUUCUAACAUAAAAUGUAGGCAAAAGACCUCCAAAUUACUAACUAAUUUACAGUUAGUAAAUGCAACUGGAUGCUAGCUAGAUGCUCUCCAGAUAAAACUCAAAUCAGCAGGAGGAGUCUGGGUUCAAUAUUGGUGUUCAAAUGUUUCUCCCACAAUCUGCUAUGAUUUAUGGAGUCAAAAGCAGCAAAUAAAUCAAUAAAUGCAACAGAAACAGCUUGUUCUUCUUGUUGCCGGUAUACUUCCCGCUAAUACGAUUUAGCAUAAAGAAUUGGUCGAUAGCGCUGAAUCCCUUGUUCUCCACGCAGAAUUUUGUUUGUAUGUAGCCAAUCUGUUAGUUUUCCUAAUAAAUGCUAGGCAUAUAGCUCUGUUUUGUGUUCUGCUUUUCGAUUUGUCACGGCCUUUGGCUAGCACAACAAUAAAGCUCUUUAUUUGUUACCAAAUAUAAAGCAA